UCAAGACUGUUCUAUCACAAGUAGGGGGUCGUUUUCAUAGUUUAGCAGGCUACACUUAUAUAGGCUACAUUGUAUGUUAGGUGCAGGUGUGGAUUGCCCAUUGAAAUCACCACAUCUAUAACACUGCCCUGUAGGCCUGCAAUUGUUGUCUUUAAAUGGUGAGGUGGGUAGGAUAUUUUACCCACACGGUCCUUGCUGAAGCCAUAUAGCGCCCCUGUUUUUGAAGUGGUAUAGUCCUUAGUCCUGGAUUGACUGCGUCUUGCUUAUUCCUGCACAGAGCCUGAGAAUGAGGUGGAACGCGGUUUGAGAAUGAGAUGGACUGAACUUCUAUAAAUGUCCGUUUUAUUAUUCGGAAAUGGCCUUGACGUUGAGUUGGAUACUUUUAAUGUUUUUCUUUGCGUUGAGCUGUAAUGGUGUUGACGUGCUGGUGCGAGAGAACAAGAAGUUCGCCACGCUCUUCCAGUCGGUGGUGCUCCCGUGUCAGUACUCCACGCCCUCCACCCAGAAGGCCGUGGUGCAGUGGUGGUACAAGUCCUACUGCACAGACCGCACGCGCGACUCCUUCUCCUUUCCCGAGUCCCUGGGGGUCCGCGCCUCCGAGCUGGGCUCCAAGUCCCAUUUGGAGUGUGCAGACAGCACCCGCACCGUCCACAUCGUGGCCUCCGGACAGGGGGCCUCCCAGACGCUGUCGCCACAGUACAAGGGAAGAGACAUCUCCAUCAUCAACCAGGCGGACUUGCGCAUCGGAGAGCUGCAAUGGGGAGACAGCGGCGUGUACUACUGCAAGGUGGUCAUCGCCGACGAUGUAGUGGGCCAGAACGAAGCGUAUGUGGAGCUCCUUGUAAUGGGUAGGACAGGUGAGCUGGACGAUAUCCUGCCUGAGUUUGAUAUGGAGAUAAUGCCAGAGUGGCUGUUUGUGGGGGCUGUAGUGCUGGGCAGCAUCCUCUUCCUGUUACUGGUGGGCAUCUGCUGGUGCCAGUGUUGCCCUCACUCCUGCUGCUGUUACGUGCGCUGCUGCUGCUGUCCAGAAACCUGCUGCUGCCCACGCCAUCUGUACGAGGCAGGAAAGAUGAUCAAGAGCACCCAGCCCACCCCCAUCCCCAUGUAUGCCCCCUACUACCUGCCUGGCGUCCCCACCAUCGUCCCCCAGCCCUCCCUCUCUGUAAUCGAGCCCAAGAUGGCCUCCGUCCCCCCGUCUGUGGACCACAGCGGCCCUGGAGUGCGCAGUGGUUAUCGACUCCAGUCAAGUCAGGGUCAGGACUCUAUGAAGGUUGUGUACUACAUAGAGAAGGAGCUUGCACAGUUCCAGCCCACCCCGAUGACAAACCAUAAAUCUGCUGGAAGUGUAUCAGAAUUAAGCUCUCUGCACGAGGGCGAUACAGAUUUCCGGCAGACCUAUCGGCAGGUGCAGAGGAAAGCUCUUCCACCAAUCAGUGACUUUGAUGAUGAGCCGCGUGUCCGGACGGGUUCCACCUCCCAUGGACACCGGUCCACACGCUACCCCAGCAACCACUCAGAGGAGCACCAUGAUGGCAGGUGGAACCCUCGCUCGGAGCACUUGCAGAGGAAGGCCUUCGGCACCAGGGGACGCACUGGCUCUCUGGACGAGCUAGAAGAGUUUGCCAGGUCCUACGGGGAUCAUGGCCGCCGGGGCGAGGCCAGAGACCUUGAGCGCGACUACGACCUGGAGCUGAGGCCACGGGACAACUAUCCGACCUAUCGGGCCGGCUCGCCGAGGCGCUACCGGGAUGAUGACGGCGGUGGCAGCGGUGGCUGGCACAGCCGUCAUAGCCCACCGCCGUCGCCGCGGAAGCGGCGGGACACGGCCGACAGCGAGCGGCGCGGGCCCCGCAGCAACUCCUACGACGACACGUUCCUGAACGCGCUGCUGGAGCGCAAGGCCCGGGGCGGGAGGGGGGCGCGGGGGGAGGGGGACGACAGUGACACGCCCUCCAAGGGCAGCUCCAAGAAGAGCAGCGACUGCUACUACAGCCGCUCGCCCAGCAACAGGCCUGAGGAGGAUGACCCGUUGCCUCCGUACACGGAGCUGGUGCUUGAGCGGAACCGGGCCCUCAGUCCACCCAAACCGCCUGAUCGCUACCGGACUGUGGACCCCAGUACGCAGCCUUUCUCGUACACGCGGCCCGCUAACGGGCAGAGCAUGGCCCACACCUUGCAGGAGCGGCGUGAUGACCGUGACAAGUCCAGGAAAGUGAACACUCAUCUAAGCAGAGACUCUCUCAUAGUAUGACUCCACCAGAGAAGCUUGCGGGCGCAAAGCGCCAGUCACACACAGCAGACUAACUAAGCAGCAGAUACGCCAAUCUGCCCAAGAUCCAGCGAUCAGACUGACUGAGAGGAAAAUAACUGGAUAACUUACCCAGAGGACACAAGGAUUGUGUGUGUGUGUGUGUGUGUGUGUGUGUGCACGUGUGUGCACGCGCUCGCGCACCUAUGUGUGUGUGUGCGUGUGUGUGUCAAUAUACAUAAGUGUGCAUAUGCACAUGUAUUUUACAUAUGUUACCUAACCUGACUAAGUGCCGUGUGUGUGUGUGUAAGAGAGUGGUAAGAUGUGCAACCCUCCUAGCCCACUUACCAUCUCCUUGUCUUCUUGAAGUCAUGCCUUUAUAUGUCCCCGAAAAAAGGAACAGUCUAAUGAUUGUGAUUGUUUUCUUUUUCAAUCUGUACAAUGACCAUGCUGCAUCCAGUUACAGCUUACAGUUACACACUGCAAGGGAGCAGUAGUCACGUAAUGGGCUGUGUUACAACAGCACAUUAUUGUGUGGACUUAACUGUGGAGCUGUUCUGUGCUGUCGCUUCUCUAGCAGCUGAGUGUCACCUACACUCUUAAAACGAAUGUGUUGAAAACAACACAACUGGCGUUGUUUUUUUUAACACAUCUCUGUGUCCAGAUAGGGACAACACAUUUCUUUUAAGAGUGUACAAGUUUAUUUCUUUUUAUGUACUGUAAGUGCACACCAUUGCCUUUUAAGUGUUCUAAAUUUGCACUAUAGUGUAGUAUUACUGAUACAGAGUUAAUCAGUUGGCCCACACGGGUUGGCAGUUCAAAAAGGUGCCAUUCUUUUGUAUGUAUUUGUAUUUCAUAAUGUUUGCCAUUAUGAUGUUUUUGAUAUAAACAUGCUCUCUAUUUUA